AUGGUAUUUUCGUGUUGUGUGAAAGGUUGUAGAAGUGAAAGUUACCCUGGAUGUGGUUUGUCAUUCCAUAGUUUCCCGGUGAAGGAAGAUGCACUGAAAGCAUGGCUCAAAGUAGUUCCGGUAAAAGGAUCUACUAAAUACAAAAAAGUUUGCUCUAACCAUUUCAAAAGUCAGGAUUUUGUUAUCCAAGGAGCCAGAAAGCGCUUAACAGCCAAUGCAGUGCCAUCAGUUCUAGUAACGAUGCCCAUGGAAACUGUGAAGGUGAUCAGUAAUAUUCAAAUAAAACCACCAAACAUCAUGGCUCACCAAGAUGUUCCAGCUAAUUCAAUGAAAAUUGAUAUAUGUUACGAGCCAGUGCCAAAUACAUCUUCUCAGGAAAUCACGUUAAGAAAGCGACCAUUAUCUGAUUUGAGCCCUUCACUCAAUAUUCCCCAGUCAAAUAAAAGGAAAUGUGUCGCGCAUAAGUAUGUACAAACAUCAAGAGAAUUUAAACCUAAAAAUAAAUCUAAGAUAUCACCAGGUGUAAGAUAUAGCAAGGAACUUAAGCAGUUUGCUCUAACUCUUAAAUACUAUUCUCCACGGGCAUACAGAUUCUUGCGAACAUGCAUUAAUUUGCCACAUCCUGCUACAAUUCGCAAGAUACUUUCUUCUGCAGAGUGUAAUGUCGGUUUCCUUAAGGAAGUUUUUGAAUUUUUAAAAUUAAAUGUCCAAACGAAUCCCGCUUUAAUUCAUGUUGUCCUGAUUUUUGACUCAAUGGCUAUUAAAUCGGAGCUCGUGUAUGAGAAAAACUCAGAUAAAACUUGGGGUUAUGUUGAUUUGGGUGGAAUUGAAAAUGUAGAUUCCUAUGAAGUGGCGAAAGAAUCUUUAAUUUUUCAAAUAGUGUCUUACACAAGUAGGUUCAAAUGCUGUAUAGGCUAA